AUGGAGAUGCCGAGGUCGCCUGGCGCGGGCGCGUUCCGGUUUCUUGGCCUGCUCAAGCAGCCCGAGGCGGGCCACGACGGCGCCUGCUUCGAGCUGGACGAGAGCGACGUCGUCUGGCCGGCCGGUGGUGGCGGUGUUGACGUGGACGGGUGGGCGGCCGCGCCCGUGGCCGAGACUGCGGUGGUGACCACUCGGCGUGCCAGCGCCAGCGCGCGGCGUCGCGCGGCGCACGCCGUGCCGCAGAGCUUCGGGCUCUCGUCGCUCCUCGCGGAGGGCGGCGACGGCGGCAGCGUCGAGGCGCAGCAGCUGCACGCGGGGAUGGCGCUGGCCGUGCCCGCGAGGCCGGGUCACGGCGCCGCGACGCCGACGCCGAGGCAGUCGGCGCCGGUGAGGGUGCCGGUGUGGCCGGGGCAGCCGGCCAGGCCCAGGGAGAAGGCGAAGCGCGGCGCCAAGAAGGCCGAUGAAUCCGAGGAAGACGAGGAGGGCGGGGAGGAGAUGGUGCCGCCGCACGUGGUGGCGGCGCGGCGGCACGCGCGGUCGUCGUCGGUGCUGGAGGGCGCCGGGCGGACGCUCAAGGGGCGCGACCUCUGCCGCGUCCGCAACGCCGUGCUCCGCCAGACCGGCUUCCUCGACCUCUGA